AUGGACCUGCAGCACAACUGUGUCGAAGUGCCCUCCCUCGUUGCUGCAGUACAGGGGAAAGGGGCGAGCCACAUCGGAACAAUUGGAUCAGGCCAGGUUCUUCAAGCAGUUCUUGGAGCCCAUGUUUGUUCAAAGAAUGAGAGAAGUCAAAAAAGACUGCGCAUCAUCAGACAGAUCCCCUUUACAAAAUACAACAAGAAAACUAAGAAAGAUGAUAUCAUGCUGCUGCAACUCGAGACUGAUGCAAAAAUCAACCAGUAUGUGAAUGUGCUCAACCUUCCCAAAGGAGGAAUCACCAACAUGAAAUCUGGAACAAGAUGCACCGUGGCAGGAUGGGGAAAAACAAAAAUAAACAAUUACUCUGACACACUUCAAGAGGUGGAGGUCAAGGUAAUUGAUCACAAAAACUGCAAAAGCGCUUAUCGAACUAAAAUAACCCAGGACAUGAUCUGCGUUGGUGACAGGAAAGGCAGAAGGAAUGCAUGUAAGGGUGAUUCAGGCGGCCCUUUGAUAUGCAACAAAAUGUAUACUGGGAUUGUGUCCUUUGGCAAAAUAGACUGCCAAUAUCCUGCAGUGUACACUUUACUAACAAAGAAAUACAUUGAUUGGAUUCUGGAUACAAUUGGUUGACCCACUGAAGAAUG